GCACCCGAUCCCUCUCCCUCCGACAAUCCAAGCUCCUCUCUCUCUCUUGUCUCACUCUCCAUUCUCCUCCUCUCUUCUUCGCUUGCGAAGGGUCUCAGCCUCUCGUUAGCUCGCCAAAUGGCCGCAACCACCCUCUCCGUGCGCCCCAACCGCCUCUCUCCCGGCUCUCCGGUCCCCCGGCCGCCAGCUCACCUCUCCAGCGCCCCGCCUCACGCGCUGAAGCCCGGCAGGACCGAGCCUUGGAGAUGCGUCCUCUGGCGGACACCGGCGAGGACCGGCCUGCCGUCGAUGCAGGCCAGCUCCCGAGCCGACGACUCCGCACCCUUCGAGAUGUCCGUCGAGAACGCGCUGAAGCUGCUCGGCGUCUCGGAAACGGCGUCGUUCGAUGAGAUUCUCAGAGCUAAGAACUCGAUCGUGGCCGAGUGUAAGGAUGACCAGGAGGCGAUUGCACAGGUUGAGGCUGCAUAUGAUAUGCUGCUUAUGCGGAGUCUAACACAGCGUCGCUCUGGAAAAGUUGUGAACAGCAGCAUCCGGUAUGCAGAUGUUAAACCUGUAGGCCCACCGCAGUGGCUGCAGUCCACUGUUAAGAGUUCACCAGUAUCCAUCGAAACCCCAUCAACUCGCGAUCUGGGAUUACAAGCAGGCGUCUACGGUGCUCUGAUGGUCUUCACUUAUGUCAAUGGAACUUCCACGCCCUCAUUGACCCCAUAUGGUGCAGCAGAUGUUCCAGGGUUGAUCUUGGCUUCCAGCUUUGGAGCCUCCCUCUACUUCAUGACCAAGAAAAAUGUGAAGUUAGGUAAGGCCACCAUCAUAACAAUAGGUGGGCUGGUGGCUGGAGCAGUGGUGGGAUCUGCAGUUGAGAACUGGCUGCAGGUGGACAUUGUCCCAUUCCUUGGGAUCCAUUCUCCUGCGGCUGUUGUAAGCGAAUUUAUUCUCUUCUCUCAACUCUUAGUUUCCCUGUAUCUUAGGUAGGUACGAUCCACCCAACCAAUCCAUUUGUAAUCAGUUUCAUCUGACCGCGAAAAAGCUGUAAAAUUAUUCAUUUGCAUGGUCUACCCGGGGCUGGGAGCUAUCUUAGGAUAUGUGUCAUUGCAUAUUUUGUACAAAAAAUGGAGAACUUACGAAUCAAAUAGAAAGUAGUGAAAGCGUAAAGUUGUUUCUGCGAUUUGGCCCAAUUUUCUCGAA